GUUUAUUCUUCAACAAAGCAGCUGAUUCUUGCGAUUACACACGCAAUGUGUUGUGUAACAAAAAGUCAUCUUCCACUGAGAAAACUACGAGUGCAGCGAGCAAAGUCACAACCGCUCCUUCAAAAAUAACUGGCAGCCGACUGACGACCACGGUCACCACCACCACCACUACAACCACAAAAGCUCCGCCAGUCGAAGAGAUCGAGGAGGAGGAGGAAUAUGCAGACAGUGCAGAAGAAGAUCCUAAAGCUAUCAAGCAGUUGAUUUCUUUGAUUAAAAAAUUAGGAGGUGUUGCAGAGUUAGAGAAGCAAUUGAAUCUGGAGAGUGGCCAUAAUUCAGAUGUUACAACUCCUGCCAUCAGUCGAACUUUGUACAACAAAGUUCUCAACACAGCUACCCCAAGGUAUCAGUCAAAAUUUAGAAACGGUCCAGGACCACAAAAUGAGGGUUUGAAGCCCGAUCUGAGCGCUGCGAGUCGAAAAGAAAAACCCCAGUAUGUGACCAUCAGACGAGAAAG